AUUAAAAAACAGUGAAACAUGUCCAGCCGACACUAGACUACAGCUCCCUCAGUGAAACACUAUGCAGGCAGCAGCACAUACUGAUACCAAUCUGAACUGCAACAAAGAGCCAGCCUGCCAGUCCCUGCUUAGCAGCCAGUUCCUCUCACCUUACUUCAUAGACUGCAUUCUCGGAAAAGCUCCAACAGACAAGGAGAAGAUUCCAGGAAACAUCAGACAAAAGCCACAGGAGGAUUUAGAUGAUACUGGAUCCCCCCCUGCAAAGAUCUUAUGUAAGACAGAAACACUUAUCAAACUCAGAGACGGAGAGAUCUUGGAAAAGAGAUUGAGAGGGGUCAUGGAGAGGGCUGCUGGGGCAGAAGGAGCUAAUAAAAUGUGUGAUGAGGACAGGACUGAAAAAAUGUCUGAACCAGUUGUUAAACAGAGCUGUGUCCCAGAGUCACCUGCUCCCUCGGAGAAAAGGAAACAACGUAGGUACCGCACCACCUUCAGUAACCUGCAGCUAGAGGAGCUGGAGAUGGCAUUCAGAAAGUCCCACUAUCCAGAUGUUUUCACCAGAGAGGAUCUUGCAAUGAGGCUGGAUCUCACAGAAGCCAGAGUGCAGGUUUGGUUUCAAAAUCGGAGGGCAAAAUGGAGGAAACGGGAGAAAAUUGAAAUGCUAGGAGGUGUUUCUGGAUUUCCCAUGAGCAAUCCCUUGGGACUGUAUCUUGAAGGUCCAUCACCUCUAGCAGAUUCUGCCUGGAAAACAGUACCUCUCUCUGCUGUGCCAUUACCAUCUGUCAUGCCUGCUUUAACCACACCUCCUCUGGGUUCCCUGAAUCUCAGCAACAUUUCUUGGGCAGCACUUUUCAGUAGCCCCAUUUUAAGUCCAUAUUUCGGAAGGUUCUUCGGUGUUCUAAACCCACUGAUGACCACAUCCUCUCUCCUUAUGGAAAACCCAAUUCCUGCUUCAGACUCUGAUUUUACAGCUCUGACCCAUCCAGCUAUGGGUGAAUGGAAAAUGUCCAGUAUUGCUGCUCUGAGACAAAGUGCAAAGGAACAUUCUGAACAAGUCCCUGCCAUAAAUCUCCUUAGUGGCAGCUUUUCUGAGACUAACAAAGAAAUGUGCUGAUCCCUCUGGAAGGAGCGAGCGAAAAGACAAUUUCUGCACAGUGCACUGCACUAUUUUUGAAUAUAUUUAAGAGGGAAAUAUGCUGCAGUUAAAGGACCAGGGAAUGAAUUUACCAAGCAAUUCAAAUGAUAUUUUAUACAGAGAAUUAAGUUUCCUAAAUUACCUCCAUACAUUUUUCAUGUUAUUUUUGUGCUGCCUACACAACGUAAUUUAGUACUACGUGGCCUUAGGACAAACCAUCACUUUCAUAGUGUAGUAAAUAGGCUAAGAACCUCACAAACAAUGCACAAAUAGUAAGCAAUACAGAAUCUACUCAGAAACGUUGUAUAUAUACCUACACGUGCCUUAGAAAAAUAUAACAGGUUGCUGAAUUUUGGGAAUAGAGAGAUCAGUGUGGGUCAAUGUCCCAGUAUAUUUGCCAAUAUUUCAAAUGUAAGCACAGAUUUUUAAAAAUUUUAUCCAGAACACAAUAUUUUAUUUAAAAAUCUCUUUUUCUUACUAAUGUGAAGAAAAUGUGUACAGCAUGUGGUCAUGGAAUACAUAGUGUAAAAUCUAUUCGUGCUAAACAAAAUUAAACUCUAAUGCCUAAAGCAGGAGAAUUCAUUGUGAGUAUUCUAUCAGCAUUAUAUAGUUAUCCUUUUAUUUAAUCUAUUUGUUCAAUCUACUUCUUUGUAUUGGAAUGUUUGAUCACUUGCAGAUGCAUCAGAUGCUUAUUUGUAAAGGCUU